GCCACUCCUCCCGGCUUGCGAGUGCAACAACAGCCAAUUUGUUUAACUUAAAUCGAUUGUUAAUAAAUUAACAAGCCGUAUAAAUCUCUAACUGUUGUGAAAUCACAUUUUCUUAUAAAAUUUAAAAAAUGUGAAGCUGUAUUUAAAAAAAUAAUAUUGGCAGUUGGGCGAAAAUUUGGUUAUGAAAAUUCGUGCGCAGCGCACGUUGACAGUAAGUGGCUUAAAUUUCAAUUUAUACGUUCGUUUGUCAAGGGUGACACAAACAAGGGGUGUUUUAACAUGGAACAAGACGAAGUUGAGUUAGAAGAGGGCGAAUUGUCUGAGGAUUCCGAUACGUACACACCCCUUGAGAGGCCAGCUGACUAUUCAGGGUCUCAACCCAACCCGCGCUUUCCAGUAGUGCCCCCUGAAUCUGAGAGCGAAACAGAGUUGCAGUCGUCUGAUUCAGACAGUGAUUCUGAUUCGAAUAAAAAGAAAAACAAAAAGCCUAAAAUUAAGCUAAAACCUAAGCUGGAACAACCUAAGAGGAAGAGAUACGAUAUUUGGAGCACCAGAGUUCAGGAAGAUGUUCUUGCGGAAACGUUAAAUAGCUGUGAUGUUACCAUUAAAGACAGGUCGCGUGACGUGGAGACUUAUGAUUAUAGUUUAAGUCAUUACAACAGAACGAAUAAUAAGAGGACGAGAGACGACAGGAAGAAUCCUAAUGUUAGGUCAGUGGGGCGACCUAAAAGUCAAGACAGGGCAAAAGGCAAUGCCAGGAAUAUACUAGAUCUGGCUGUCACCGCCUCAAACACCCCCGAGGAAAUUGCAAAGGAUAUUGCCAAUAAAUUAUCAGAAGAGAAGGAGGAUUUGAUCUUGAGGGUACUUAACACACUGGGCACCGAAAAAACCUUCAACUUAUUCAAAGAAACGAAAAGGAUAGAAGAAGAAGGCGGUAUGUUGAUCAUGAAUCAAACACGGCGUAGAACCCCAGGGGGCGUGUUCCUCUUCCUAGUCAGGCAUGACUACGACCUGACGCAGGAACAAAAAAACCAAAUUUUUGAAGACGAGAAGGAGAAGUCAAAGGUAAUGAUGAGGAACAAGCAGAAAAAGAAAUUGAAAAAACUCAAAGACGAAAUUGCGGCUUCUAAAAACAAAUUUUUGCCUGACCUACUAACAAGAGCUGAGUUAUUAGCUAAGGAAAAUAAUCGCGUAAGAAAAGAGACUGAUGAAAGGGACGUAAUUAAUCCGCCGCCAACGCCUGAAACAGACGGAGGGCACGAAAACAGCGGCGAUGGCAUGGAUGGGGGUAACGGAAUUGAAGACAGGAGGAAGUGCGAGGCUUAUGAUGACGAUUUUCUCGAUAUAAAUUGUUCAAAUGACAUGGACUUGUUUUAAAUUUAUUUAUGGAAAGUCUAACAUCUGGAACAAAUAAAGUUAAUACUAUUUUUA